AUGCCGAAAACUACGAAGGUCCAAAAACCGAAACCACCAUUAAAAUCAAUGGAGAAACAGUUGGAUACAUCAUUAUCCAAAAUGAAGAAAAAAAAUAAAAAGAAGAAAAACUACCAAAACUUCAGUCUUUAUAUCUACAAGUUGUUGAAAACAAUCGAAUCAGUUCGCAAUUUGAGAAUUUCUAGAAAAAGUAUGUUGAUUAUGAACAAUUUUGUGAACGAUAUGCUGGAGAAGAUUGCGUUGGAGGCCGGGAGAUUUCUUGUGCAUGGGAAAAUGAGGACGAUGGGCAGUCGGGAAGUGGAAUCUUCGGUGAAGCUGCUUCUGCCUGGAGAUCUUGCGAAACACGCGAACAUAGAAGGAAUGAAAGCUGUCAAAUUGUAUCAUCAUAGUAUUGAGAAAAGAUCGAUGAAUUCAACGUCGUGA